AUGCCAAGAAAAGAAAGAAAACAAAAGAAGAUAAUUCUGGUUGUUGACAAGGAAGAAAAAGAUGUGUUUAAUUCAUCAUUAGAUCACAUAAUAAUUGGUUCUUGGUCAGCUAAAGCUUUUGAAGAGGCUAAAAGAUUAUACAAUAAUGUUAAUGUAGUGAUUGAUGCUAAAAUUUAA